CAUGUGAUAUAGCACGCAAAAGGUAUGAGCGCGUAGGAAUUGACUUGGUGUCAAUCGCUAACAAAAAGGUCCACAAACGCACCCCUGUCUCUGACACCUUUUUACCUUUUUUCUUCUAUUUCGUCUUCGUCUUUUUCUCUCAAAUCAAACCAAAAUUCACCUCUUCGAUCAUUAUCAACUACAGAUUCCACUCAGAUUCUCCUCAUUUUCUCAAAAAAUGGACUCAUCGGAUGAUGAAGGAGAGGAGUAUCUGUUCAAAGUAGUGAUAAUCGGAGACUCAGCUGUCGGCAAAUCAAAUCUGCUCUCCAGAUACUCCAAGAAUGAAUUCAACAUGCACUCUAAAUCCACCAUCGGAGUCGAAUUUCAAACUCAAACCAUGGAGAUCGACGGCAAGGAGGUUAAGGCUCAGAUUUGGGACACCGCCGGUCAAGAACGCUUCCGCGCUGUCACCUCCGCUUACUACCGCGGCGCUGUCGGUGCGCUCAUCGUUUACGAUAUCUCCCGUAGCACUACUUUCGAUAGCGUCAACAGAUGGCUUGAAGAACUCAAAACUCAUUCGGAUACAACAGUGGUGAGGAUGUUGGUUGGGAAUAAAUGUGAUUUGGGGAAUAUUCGAGCUGUAAGCGUUGAAGAUGGGAAAAAACUUGCAGAAAACGAAGGGUUGUUCUUCAUGGAAACAUCUGCACUUGAUUCAACUAACGUGAAAACAGCUUUCGAGUUGGUGAUUAAAGAGAUCUACAACAAUGUUAGCAGGAAAGUAUUGAAUUCUGAUUCGUAUAAAUCUGAAUUGUCCAUGAAUAGGGUAACUCUUGAUAACAGGGGUGACGAUGAUGGAUCAAAGCAAAAUCAAAGCAGAUCCUCUUGUUGUUCUUGAAUCUUUGAGUAGUUAAGAAGUAAAGCAAAAAAUGAGGUCUUUCAUGAGUUGUAUCUAUGUUUAUAGACUAAAUUUGAUUUCACAUAUUUAAAAUAAAUUUUUUUUUUCCAGAAAUUGUUUUGUGCUUGAAUUUUAUUCAACUUAUGGAAACCAAUAUCCGGAAAUAAAAACAUUCUUUGUGAUGUUUGACCACAAAUGAAACAAACUCAUGAUUUUUGUUUACAGAAUCUCGUUCGUCUAUAUUGUUUUGAAUCACUUGACUUUGAUAUAUUGGACCAUUUAUAUUCCCUUUAAAAUAAUAAUUAUUCAAGAUGUAUUUGCCUCUAUUUAAAACUAUAUUUUUAAAUGAAAAAACCGCAAAAAUGAUCACCGUGUUAUGUAUUUUUUCUGGAAAAUGGUCCAUGAAAGUUUUGGAUUUGUGGUUUUUUUUUGAGCAUUUUAUAUUUGUAUGUUGUUUUGAUCUCUACGAAAAUUAAAAUUACUAAAUGGCCCUUAUAAUAUUCAUUUUCUAUUUUUAUUGUUUAUAUUAAAUAAAGAUAAGGCAUGUGCAAACAUUUCAUAUACAAGGAGUCCCACCAUCUUUAUACAUCAAUUACUAUCCCAUAUCAUAAACCCAUUUCUGAGUUAGGGUUUCAUAUGAACGAAUUGAUGGUUUUUGAAGUUUCAAAAUCAAAACUUACCAUGACCCAAAGCCAAUAAUCGAAUUUCGAGCUGACAAUUUCAAAAAAUCAAAACCUGCAAGUUGUCAACAAGAAGAAAGGAACUAGAGGCUGUAAGAUUUUAGAAUGUCUGCAAGAUUCCGACGAGAUGGUUGAUUCAGUUGAAGAUUAUAGACAAGUCGCAUUUUAGUCGAGACUAAAUCCUGCUCAUUUCGGAGUAAAGGUUGUGAGCAAGAGGCUUAUGGAUAUCCUUCCAUGGAUCGUAAUUGGGUAUGGAGAUGGAUAUAUGAUGGUGGAUAUGGCGUGGGAAGAUGAUUGUGAAUAGUAGAAAAGGAUGGUGGCACGGAGAAGAUGACGGAAACAGUAGAGUUGGAGUUGUUUGUGUUUCUUUUUGUAGGUUUAUGUGUGGCUGGAAUCAAAUCCUCAUGUUCAAAAGGACUAUCAAUUCAAAACUUUAAUAGUUUAGACGAUUUUUUUGGAAAAAAUGCAUAUCAUAAGGAC